AUGAAAUGCAUGUUAGGGUUGUUAAAGGUGAAGGUCAUCCGUGGCAUCAACCUCGCCUACCGUGAUACCAAGGGGAGUGACCCUUAUGUGGUUCUACGAUUUGGUCAUCAGAAACUUAAGACGAGUGUAAAAAAGUCAAAUGUCAAUCCGGAGUGGAAUGAAUACCUCACGCUAUCAAUAUCAGAACCCAUUCAUCCUAUAAAAAUAGAAGUAUUCGAUAAAGAUACAUUUACACGUGACGACGAAAUGGGCGAUGCCGAGUUUGGAAUAAGGCCUCUUGUGGAUUGUGCUCAGAUGAACCUUGAAGGCAUGGCAGAUGGGUCUGUAAUAAGGAGUGUCUUGCCCUAUAGACACAACUGUUUGCUUAAAGAGAGUCCUAUUGUUUGGAAUGAUGGAACUCUAACACAAGAUGUUGCCCUAAAGCUUAGAAAUGUUGAGAGUGGUGAAAUUGAAUUACAACUUCAGUGGGUUCAAAUUCCUUCUUCCGCUCACUCUUUGUAG